AUGGCGACUUCCAUCUGUAGGGCUGCAUGGCAACCGCGAAUACAAAGAACACCAUUUCAGAGCUUUCGACAUGUUAGAUAUAUAGCGACCGACUCAAGAAAUCGAUUAUCCAAAUUCUGGGCACCAACCGGUGGUAUAUCACCACAAGACAGCGAGCAAGAUGAUUCUCACUCUCUCCUUGUUCGGGGUGGCUUUUUGCGCCAGGCACAUUCUGGAGUUUUCCACCUUCUGCCCCUAGGUCUACGCGUACAAAACAAGCUCGAAGCUCUGAUCGACAAGCAUAUGAGCUCUAUCGGCGCUUCAAAGCUCGCGCUUUCGUCAAUAACCACAGAGGCAUUAUGGCGGCAAACUGGUCGCUACUCCGCCAACUCAGAACUCUUGCGCAUCAAGGAUAGGAGAGAAUCCGGCUUCUUGCUAUCGCCGACUCAUGAAGAGGAGAUCACAGCACUUGUAGCCAGUAUGGUGCAUUCUUAUAAAGAUUUGCCAUUGAGAUUGUACCAAACUGGACGGAAGUACCGCGACGAACGAAGACCAAGACAGGGCUUAUUAAGGGCUAAGGAGUUCAUGAUGAAAGAUCUCUACACUUUUGACUACUCAACAGAAUCUGCGCUAAGGACCUAUGAGGAAGUACGGAAUGCCUACAACAAUCUGUUCAACGAGCUCAGACUGCCUUACCUUGUUGCUGAUGCCGAUUCUGGCAACAUGGGAGGCAGGCUGAGCCAUGAAUAUCACUUCGUUUCACCCAAAGGUGAAGACAAUGUGUGGUCUUGCAACUCAUGCGAUUACAUUGCGAACGAAGAGCUUGCGGAGAAGAGAAGCCAAAACCCCACGUCAAAUGACGAGAGCUGGCAUGCGUUCACUGGUAUUAGCGUCGACAAGAAGACAAAGAUCAAUGUAUGGAUCCCGCGUCCGUCCUCGACCGCGACAACAAAAGCGAAUCAAGGGCAUGAAUGUGUCAAUCUACAUGCUGUCAAAAAAGCACUUCCAGAGAACAUUGAGCUAGAUACUGGCAUAGAAUCCUCAUCACUCACUUCUUUGCUCCAAAAGACCACAGACAUCAUUGACCUCUUCGAUCCCUCCCUCACCUUCGACAAACACGAUAAAUCCCUUUCUAAUCCUCAAUCUUCCGCCCUGAACCUUACAACCAUCGAGACUGGCGAUCCAUGUCCUCGUUGUUCCAACGGAAAGCUCGACGUCCAAAAGGCUAUCGAGGUAGGCCAUACUUUCCACCUCGGCACCCGAUACAGCAAGCCUCUUAACGCAGUAGUUGCGUUGCCAGACCAAAACCUUUCAUCACCAAUUCAAAUGAGCUGUCACGGCAUCGGCGUUUCGCGUAUCAUUGGAGCCGUGGCUUCGCUCCUCUCAGAUGCCAAAGGUCUGAAUUGGCCAAGGGCGAUAGCGCCCUACGAAGCCAUCAUUCUCACAUCUCCACAAACCGAGGAUAGGGAUGCGACAGAGGUGUACGAUGCGCUUUACGGUGAAGUUCGAAACGGAGAUGUAGAUCUUGUGUUGGAUGAUCGGUCAGGAAAGAGCGUAGGAUGGAAACUGAAGGAUGCCGAUUUGAUCGGAUACCCGGUCGUCAUUGUACUGGGUAGGAGUUGGAAAGACAGGAGGGAAGUUGAGGUACAGUGCCGAAGAUUAAGGUUCAAAAAGGAUGUUCGUCUAGAUGAUUUGAGACAGGAAGUUUUGGGGCUGCUGGAGCAGUUGUAG